UCACUCACCGCAGCUGAUUGGAGCUUCUCACCAUCUCACAGCCUGGAGCCCGCGAGCGGAGUCAAGUUAACAGCAGACGAGUAGAAUGGCACCGGAAAUCAGAUUACUUCCCUACAAAGUAAAAGCAUAACAAAUGUAGGUCAGUUACCCCGGUAAGACAUUGUUGUUUUUUAAAUGUUAGUCAGAGAUGCAAAUGUAGUGAUAUCAUUGUUAAAUAAGGGUGGUCAGUUAGACUGACACAUUUAAUAUUGAAUAACAUCUUUCUUCAAAGACAGUAAAUAUUUGUAACAUAAUAGGACAAUUAAGAAAAGUUCAAAUAAAUGUAAAGGUUAAAGAGUGUCAUAAUGCAAGAUGGUGGGAAAAGAAAAAGCAGGACAAAGAUGAAGAUCCAGAAGAUAGAUUGAUAUUAGAUUAGAUAAAUAGAUCAAACGGAGAGGAAGAGUCCAAACUAAAAAGUUAUUGUCGUGAUAAAAUGUGAAGACGAAGAGGAAAAGUAAAACCUAAAAAAAGAAAAAAAACAACUGAAUUCAGCACGUUGCUUCAUGGGGGUGGGGAUCUUAUUUUGAAAAGCCAUGAACGGAAAUGUACCUUGUGUCUUAUUGCUGACUUGACGAUGAUGCUGCGGUCUGCUGCUAGUCCCACACCGGCCAGGAAGGCACCCAAUUCAUCCAUCUGCUGUGUGUCUGUGUGAGUGAGUGUGUGUGUGUGUGUCUCGUUGGAAAGUGCCAUCCUCGGGAUUGUGUUGCAGUGUGAGCCGGGUGGAGCAGCAGGAGCAGCAGGUGCAGGAGCAGGAAGGAAGGAGAUCCACACAGACAGGAGAGCGAUAGCCAUGUCUUCCAGCUCAGCAAUGGUGCGGAUCCUGAUCAAGGGCGGCAAAGUGGUGAACGACGACUGCACCCAGGAGGCGGACGUCUACAUCGAGAACGGGAUCAUCCAGCAGGUGGGGAAGGAGAUGAUGAUCCCCGGCGGGGCCAAAGUGAUCGACGCGUCAGGGAAACUGGUCCUUCCAGGAGGCAUCGACACCAGCGUCCACCUGGAGGAGAGCUUCAUGAACGCCACCACGGCCGACGACUACUACAGCGGCACCAAGGCGGCUCUCGCUGGUGGCACGACGAUGGUGAUCGGACACGUUCUGCCAGAGAAGAACGAGUCUCUGCUGGAGGCGUACGAGACGUGCCGCAGCCUGGCCGACUCCAAAGUCUGCUGUGACUACGCUCUGCACGUGGGAGUGACUUGGUGGGGACCCAAGGUACAAGCCGAGAUGGAGAAGCUGGUGAGAGAGAAAGGAGUGAAUUCCUUCCAGAUGUUCAUGGCCUACAAGGACACGUUCAUGCUGCGAGACGGCGAGCUGUUCCAGGCCCUGCAACACUGUAAGGACAUUGGAGCGAUCGCGAGAGUCCAUGCUGAGAACGGGGAGCUGGUGGCAGAGGGUGCAAAAGAAGUACUGGACUUGGGUAUCAGCGGACCAGAGGGGAUUGAAAUCAGCAGGCCUGAAGAGCUGGAAGCAGAGGCAACCCACAGGGCGAUUACCAUCGCCAACAGGGCCCACUGUCCCGUCUAUCUGGUGAACGUGUCCAGCAUGUCUGCGGGAGACGUCGUGGCUACAGCAAAGAUGCAAGGUAAAGUCGUCCACGGGGAGACAACCACGGCCCACACUGUUCUGAACGGUAUGCAGUACUAUCAUCAGGACUGGGCGUAUGCUGCUGCCCAUGUCACGGUGCCUCCCCUGCGUCUGGACCCCAAUACUCCCAAUGUCCUAAUGAGUCUCCUGGGAAAUGACACGCUGAACGUCGUGGGGUCCGAUCAUCGUCCGUUCACCGUCAAACAGAAAGCCAUGGGUAAGGACGAUUUCACAAAGAUCCCCCACGGUCUCCCUGGCAUUCAGGACCGCAUGAGCGUCAUCUGGGAGAAAGGAGUGAUUGGGGGUAAGAUGGACGAGAAUCGCUUUGUCGCAGUCACAAGCUCAAAUGCGGCCAAGAUCUACAACCUCUACCCCAGGAAAGGCCGGAUCAUCGCAGGAGCAGAUGCUGAUAUCGUGGUCUGGGACCCCGAGGGAUCAAAGACCAUUUCUGUGGACAAUCAGGUCCAGGGAGGGGAUAUCAACCUGUACGAAGGCCUCCGUUGUCACGGCGUACCCCUGGUCACCAUCAGCCGUGGGCGGCUGGUCUAUGAAAACGACAUGUUUACGUGUGCCGAAGGCUCUGGGAAGUUUUGCCCUCUGAGAACCUUCCCAGAUUAUCUUUACAAGAAGAUGGUUCAGAGGGAAAAGUGCCAGGCAGUGAAAGCCGUGGAGCGGGAGCCUUACACGGGUGACGUCGUAGCGCUGGCCAACUCAGGAAAGAGGGAGUUUGGGGCGUCAGAUGUGGACACUCCAACACGUCCAUGCACCAGGCACGGAGGUGUGAGGGACCUCCAUGAGUCCGGCUUCAGCCUGUCUGGCUCGCAGCUUGACGACAACAUUCCAAAGAGAUCCUCGGCCAGGAUCCUCGCUCCUCCUGGAGGGAGGUCCAGUGGGAUCUGGUAACUAAACAGAAGGCCGUCACGUGGAGCAGAACAAUGAUACCUGAGGGAAACUUAUGGCCAAGCAAGACACCUUGUAUUUUUUUUAAUUUUUAUUAUUAUUAUUCUGGAAGCUUAGAAUAUUAGUGGGGUAACUGAGUGCUGUUUUCAUUUUGAACUCAGCAGAGUUCUUUCGGGCUGUAAAACAUUAAACUGCACGACAUUGCAAUGAUGAUAACAUAACGUGGAGGCAACCAAGGUAAACUGAGCGAUUAUAGCCACCGAAAUUCCAGUCUAACAUUAACCGAAAACAAGCUGAAGAGUAACAAUAACUGGCCAAUAUAUGACUUUGGCAAUUGGAGGGUAAAUACUGUAACUUACUAAUAAAAGUUAGGAAUAUGACUGUGUUACCUCACUGUAAAAUACAAUUUUGCACUUGUAUCAUGUACUAUUUAGAUGCCUUUUUUUUUCUUUUUUUUUUUACAUGAUUUAAUGUCACAAAUGUGUUUUUAACUGCGAUUCAUGGAUGAAUGAAAUGUUAUAAAUGACAACGGCGUCGGCAUGAUGAUGAUUAAAAUGUAACGACCAAUUAAUGAAAAGCACCAUAAUACUAUAAAAGUGUUUAUUUAUGAAUUUUUUUUAUACUUCACAUUUGAGCUAUUAACCUUUUAUGUCACUGCCCGCACCCCCCCUCAACAAAUGAAGCCGUCAGGUCAUGUUUACAGAUUUAUAGAAUAGACUUCUGUUCCACCCCAAUGAAUGUGAAUGCUGUGUGUGCUGUGCACGGUGGCGACGGUGGCUCGUCAAGAGGGCGACGACUGUAGUCAACACUUAUGUCGCAGAAUUCUUUGUUUUCCACAAAGAGCAAAAAACAAAAAAAAGUCUCACCUAAACUGCCUUUUUCACCGACACCCUCAAAGUCACCCGCUGAAACUGCGGCGUUUAAAACGGAACGUUCCUCUGCCCGACACUUCCAAUGUAGCAUCACCACUGUGACGCAUAGAGAAGGUGAUGGUGAUGGUCAUCACUGUUGGUACUGACCUUUAAUUAACCCAUGCUCUUUCUUCUUGACAAGUUCUCAACUACUGUAUUGUUUUUCUGUCUUGGUUGUAUAUUUUUUGUGUUGGCAGGAAAGCACACAGGAUUUAGCUCAUGUUCAGACCUGCGACAGUAAAGGUACCACUUUUUUUUUUUAUUUACGGGACAAAUUUCACUUCUACAAGCUCCACUGAAGGUUGUUGUGUCUUCCUCCUCCCACAUGUACACUGGUGCUGAACAAUGUGUUGUCACAUUGAUUUACUUUUAUCUCCUUUCUUUCUUCCCUGCAGCUCUUUAUCACAUGAUUUGAGUGCAAAUAAAACCACAAGGAAAUCA